ACAAGAACCGAUUCCCGUACACCCAAUUGCACAUGGGAACAUGCAGAACGAAGCCUUCUCUGCUACGAGCCCGGGUAUCAGUCUAAGGCACUUAUUGAGGCUGAAUGAAGAUUCUGGUUUCCUGCUUUCAUUGCACAUAUAAAGGAAUGGGAAACGCUCUCUUUCGCUAUGAAGAUGGCUCUUCAGUAUUCAUCAGAACUUUGUAGAUCUGUUUUCUAUCUGGCACUAAUGGCGACCUUCACCAAUCAAACACGCAUAGCGGCAAUGCUUCGUCAGCGAAAUACUGCCCUAAUGCGGAAGUUUACCAAAUGGGGACACACCCUGCUGCUCUAUCGUCACUCGCAGCUGGGUGAAAGACUCACAGAGUACGAACAAGCACUAGCUACUUUAACUAGGCUUGAAGAUCUUGAUAGCGAUUUACAAGCUUCUGAGGCCACCUUGAGUCCUGAGAGUGAGGUUGACAAAGAAGCUCAAGAAGCUCUCAUAACUGAAUUGGAGGGGAAGUUGAUCUCGUAUUAUACGCUUCUAGAACACUUCCAUAAUGUACAGUCUCUUCCACGACCCGAUAAAUUCGAUCUAGCCACUUUCAAAGGCAUGCUUGAAUACGAUCAAUCCAUUGAUACCUCGAAGGGAUUGUGGAGUGAAGAAGAUGAUCUAGUUCAUUUAUUCCCCAAAAAGUCCCAGCCCUUGGAUAAGUUAAGCGGGUUUCUACUGGGGUGGAUUCUCGCGCAUAGGGAAGAUCCAAGAGUUAGAACUGUCAUUGAGCACCUUCCAACCUUUAUACUUCGUCGCCUUGUGCCUCCCGGACAUGAGAUUGACGACAAGACGAUACCCCUUGCCCUGAGUCGUGAAACCAUCAGUGAAUGCAUUAGCUGGCUUGCAAUUUUCGUUGCUCCAACCAUAAAUGUGGCGCCCAUGUUUGCCUUGUAUGCCGUUCCAUCCAUUUGGGCUCGCCUCGUUAUAGUAUGGGUCUUCUCGAUUAUGCUUGGAGCAACCACGCACCUUCUCAGCAGUGGCCACAAUAUUGCCUUUGUCUUCUCAAUAACCGCGGCAUUCUGUGCAGUCCUCGUCGUCUUCGUGGGGAGUGCGCCAUCUUGAAGUACACUUUUGAGUGUAUGACGCACUGCACUUCCUAUUCAAAAUACGAAUAGUCAGUGCGUCGGAUCUACGCACAGUUCACGGCCGUGAAGUACUGUUGAUACGACAACAUUACCAUUUCUUCUGUCUACACCUUAGAAACUUCCUUCACUAUCUUCUAUUCCAAUUCAUGUGUCAUGUUUUGAUGAUUAACCAUACGAUGAUUUUCUCACUUCUCAUGUGAAUUAACUUCACCUUCUUCUCAUCCGAUGUAUUCAAUCGUUUAUUAAUCCAUUACACCAUAUAACCCCUCCUAAC